UAGUUUUACACAAACCUCAGUCAAAAAACAUGGCCGAUGUAAACAUUGACGUGGAAAGACUCGAGGGACAAAAGAAAAUUUCAGAUGAAUUGCAGUUUCAAGACAUUCCACAUGACUCAUUUGUAAAUGACAAGGGUAAAGUUCAGACGCAUACUUUCUCAGAUUUCCCUCCCACAGCAGAGUCUGAUGAAGACGAUGUAUAUGACAAAUCUCAGCUCAUUAAAGAUGAAGCUAAACCUGGAGGUCCUUCCUUUUGGACAUUUGAAUAUUACCAGCAGUUUUUCGAUGUGGAGACCAAACAGGUGCUGUAUCGUAUAGCUGGGUCUAUGGUGCCGAAACCAGGAUCAAACUACUUACAAAACACUAUCCGACCCAACCCAGAUCUCUAUGGACCUUUCUGGAUCUGUACAACACUCGUGUUCACAACAGCCAUUGCUGGGAAUUUGGCAAAUUAUCUCUCCUCAGAAGGCAAAAACUUUAAAUGGAAAUAUGACUUCCAUAAAGUAACGUUUGCUGCGGCAGCCAUUUUCAGCUACUGGUGGAUUAUUCCUACAGCGUUGUUUGGUUUCCUGUGGUGGAGAGGCAGCAAGGCUAACUAUACAUUCCUAGAAAUCCUGUGUAUAUAUGGAUAUUCCCUGACUAUUUACAUUCCUAUAUCGAUAUUAUGGGUGGUCCAGUUUGAGUGGCUGCAGUGGACACUGGUGAUGGUUGGAACUUUGUUGUCAGGUGGAGUACUGGUGCUCACUUUGUGGCCUGCUGUCACAAUGGAAACCAAGAAAACUGCCUGGGUCAUCAUAAUACUCAUUUUCUUAUGUCACACUUCACUGGCUGUUGGCUUCAAGCUCUACUUUUUCAAUGCCCCUGUACAUCAGGUGACAACAGGAACUAGUCUUCACCCAGUGUUCACCACGACAUUUAAGACAACACCAUUGGUAACUAACUCAAAUGCAGCCAAGACAAAGAAGUUAAGUGCCACCAAGGGACAUAUAAAAAGCAAGGGCAAAAGUGAAAAUCAUGAGAAAAGAAAAUCAACUUUAAAGACAGACAGUGGUCAAGUGAAUGAUGCAAGGAAAAAUAAGCACAUUAGAUGAGUUGUUUGGGAUAUACCAGUUGCUAUGGAAAUCCAUUUUAAGAUUUUGUGAGAGUUAUUGAUACAAUGCAUUGAUGUAAGAGUAGGGCUGGAACAAUACAUGUUUCAUCUACCAGUAUGAUAUUGAUGCCAGUUUUAUACAGCUGGCUUGAUGUAGUAUGAUACAUGUAUAUCAUCAAAGAAAGGUAUGUUUAUUUCAGCAGAAUUAUUUAAGAAAUGAAGCUUAUUUUUGCCUUUAUAAUAUGAUAUAACUUUACUUGGGUCAGUUUAUGGAUUAUAAACUGCAAAGCAUUGAAUAAAGAAGGUGUAAACUGUUCCAAGUUAUACCUGUAUCUUAUAGCAUCUAAAAAUUCGCUUUAUUCCUGAUCAUUUAUUUUUUGAAAAAGACAUAACUACAAGUCGUAGUCUAUAAUAAACACUGGUAAAUGCAUAUCACUUGCACCAUGCAAGGAUUCACUUAGCAACUACAAAUGCAGCAUCUUCGUAUGCAAUUUGUUUUUUCAAAUUUUAAAACAUAGUUAUUGAUGGUGGAGUUUGCAACAACUCUUGAUAAUAGAAAAUAUAAAUGUAUGGGCUACACAUGUAAUGUGUGCUUUGCAGCACUUUUAAGAUUGACUUUGAAGUUGCUGCGAUAGAAAGUGCAGCAAAAUGUUAACUCUUGACAUUACAUAAAAAAGGUAGUCUGGGCUGCGUUCAAGAUCGCAGCUGCUAGGCUAGAUAUCUAGGUCUGUGGAACGCACUGUAUGAAUUAAUGCUUGCUAUCCCUAUGUAGGGCUAGCCUAGCACAUUGUUCAAGAUCGUAGCACUACCGAGCCCUACGUAGCCGCUACAAUCUUGAACGCAGCCCUGAUUCCAAAAAAUGAUUUGCAGUUUUUGAAAAGUUUUAAACUGCAUCAAAACUUACCACUGCAUGUAAGAUUGUUGUCAAUGGUACAUCCAACACGGUAAAAUGCUUAUCAGCAAGUGACCGAUUGAGAUCUACAGGUCAAUGUGAUGUGAUGUCAUCUGGUAAAAUGUGACACAUUUCAUGCUUUUAGAGGCAGAUCAAGCAAUUUAUCCUCCAAUCAAAAAUAUGUUUUAAAAUGAAACCAAGCAAAUUUUACAAAUACAUAUGUACAUAUACUUGAUAUUAAUUAACUCAUUAUUCUGUUAUUCCACACUUGCAACCUUUCUGUUUUAUUCUGUUGCUCACCAUCUUUACACUUUAAAGUAGAUCGAUCCUCAUGUGAUGUCAUAGGUUUUUGCAAAAAUCUUUAUUAGAUUACAUGUAAACUUUGUGCAUGAUAGAAAUGUAUUUAUCGGAGGAAUUUUAUUAAUUGGAUAAAAUUAAAAAAAAUUGGUAACUAUUGAUAGUGAAAAAGUUUAUAUUUUCCAUUGAGAAACAAAUGUUGACAAGGGCGAUAACUCCUAUGCUGGCAUAUCCUCUACUGUAUGUCUAUACAAUGAUUUCCCUAAUAUCCACAACUUAUUUAUACAUAUCUAUAUAUUAGCAGUUUUUCUAAACUGUUGGUAUUAAAAGAUUGUCAUUUUAACAAAUUUCAAUCUAUUUUUAUUAUUCUAUUUUACGAAAACGUGUGAUUUUCUGAUGUUGACCUAUACUUCUGUUUUUGUAUGUCUGACAUCUUGAAAAAGGUGGCAACAUACAUAUUUUCUUUGGUUAUUGAUAAAAUGAAACUAUAUUGAGCGGAAAUUAAUAGUUUUUUCACUUUCAACCAUUAAUAUUGGUAAGUCACGUGAGGGUGGAGCUACCUUAAACACUGUUGGCUAUCCGAUUGACUGAAUUCCUUACACGGAUGCAGAUAAAGAAAAAUUGAAAACCUAAUAAGGUUUUCAAAUCAAUGUUUCACCAAACAGAUCAAUACAUGUUUCAUGCCAGCCUGAUAGGAGGGUACAUUUAUUUGAACAACUGUUGAUGAGACACUUGUAUAUGCACAUAUAAAACUCAUCCAUGCAUAUGUUAAAGUAUUUUCACUGUGAGUCUUCCAUCCUAUGAGAGUAUUGGUGUUUAAUCAUUCCAGAAUUUGGAUAAGACUUUUCUGCACUGCAUUGUUUUUGCAUAAUACAUUUUUCAAAUAUAGUAUCAAUAAAAGUGAGAUAAUGUG